CCCCUAGCUAGCUGCUGCAGUUAGAGCUUCUGAGAUCACUUCUCACUCAGCACAGCCAGAGGUGGGUGCCCCACAGGCCAGCAGACCAAUGGCUGUGCCUCAUGCCCUUGGGCUUGGGGUGCUGCUGGCCCUGCCACGGGCCCUGGGCUCUGGGAUGGGCACAGAGGAUGGUGCAGGCUCCAGCUCCGUCACCAUUGUUCUGCUGCUCCUGUUGCUGCUGCUGCUGGUCACAAGCCUGGUCCUAGCCUGGCGCCGCCUCAGCCGAGAUUCAGGAGGCUACUACCACCCAGCUCGCCUGGGUGCCGCACUGUGGGGCCACACCCGCCGCCUGCUCUGGGCCAGCCCUCCAGGCCGCUGGCUUCAGGCCCACAUAGACCUGAAGCCCCCAGAGCAGCGGGACAAUGACCAAGAUGGAGAAGACGAUUUCGUAAUGGUCAGUGGUCUGCAGGAGGCUGAACCCCAGGAAGAGGAGCAGCAGUGCCAAGGAGAAGCCCACAUGGAGCAGGUCCCGGAAGCACAUGACACAGACAGUGAAGGGGGCUUGGGUCUGGGCUCCCAGGGGCCCAUGGAUUCAGGGGGCAGUGCGGAGGCCCUGCUGAGUAACCUGCAUGCCUUUUCAGGCACUGCAGCCUGGGAUGACAGCACUGGAGGAGCAGGGGGCCGGGGCCUUCAUGUCACUGCACUGUAGGGGCCAGCUUAGAAUCCCGUCCCUGUUCCAGCUUCUCACGACACCUCCUUUUUCCAAGCUGCCGUGGCGGAACAUAGUUUGCCCUGGAUCUGUCAUUUUCAUCCCACUGCUCCCCUGACAGAGUACCUGAUUUCUAUCUCUACCCUUCCCCAGGCCAUGUGUUCCCAUGAUCCCCCAGAAGGCCAGCUAUCCCACACAUACUGGGCAGCCAUCUUGAAAUAAAGCCCCUGUAGCCCUGUGAUCUACA